AUGAGGGAUCUGCCUCCGGCCCCGAACCCUGCCGAACAUCCCAGGAUGCCAGAGCAGCGCGAGGCAGAGGGAACUCCCAUAGCAACCAACGGGAGGCUGCCCGGCGGCUUUCCCGGGACCCCCCCUUUGCCCCGUCCCACCCCAUCCACUCCCGUGGGCUCUCCGACAGUCCCCCCCAGAGCCGGCCAUGCAGGGCGGGAGCUACAGUUCCAGCCGCUGUCGCUGAGGAGUCAGUUUGUUUCUCAGGUUUCUCUGGAAUCUCCACUCAGUCCCGCCUCGCGCCCACGCAGCCCCUGGGGACGCUUUGACCCCUACGACUCUCCAGAGGAUCAGGAUAAGGAGUAUGUGGGUUUCGCCACAUUACCCAACCAGGUUCACAGAAAGACGGUGAAGAAGGGCUUCACCUUCACACUCAUGGUGGCAGGAGAGUCCGGCCUUGGAAAAUCCACCCUUAUCAACAGUUUGUUCCUCACGGACCUCUACAAAGACAGAAAGGUUCUCAAUGCAGAAGAGCGGAUCAGUCAGACGGUGGACAUCCUCAAACACACCGUCAGCAUCGAGGAGAAAGGGAUCAGACUGAGGCUCUCCAUCAUCGACACGCCGGGGUUCGGAGACGCCAUCAACAACACAGAGAGCUGGAGACACAUAGAAGACUACAUCGACCAGCAGUUUGAGCAGUAUUUCAGAGACGAGAGCGGGCUGAACAGAAAGAACAUCCAGGACAACAGAGUCCACUGCCUCCUCUACUUCAUCUCUCCGUUCGGCCACGGUCUCCGACCCAUUGACGUGGCGUGUCUGAAGGCCUUGCAUGAAAAAGUCAACAUAAUCCCGCUGCUGGCCAAAGCCGACAGCCUGACCCAAGCCGAGGUCUGCCGGAAGAAGAUGAAGAUCAGAGAGGAGAUCAAGAGGUUCGGGAUAAACAUCUACCAGUUUCCAGAGUGUGAUUCCGAUGAAGACGAAGAGUUCAAGACCCAGGAACAGAUUCUCAAGGACAGCAUCCCGUUCGCCGUGAUCGGGAGCAACGUGCAGGCGGAGAGCAAAGGCCGCAAGUUCAGGGGUCGGUCCUACCCGUGGGGCGUGGUGGAAGUGGAGAACCCCGCCCACUCCGACUUCCUGCUGCUGAGGAACAUGCUGGUGAGGACGCACAUGCAGGACCUGAAGGACGUGACGCGAGAGACCCACUACGAGAACUACCGGGCCGAGUGCAUCCAGAGCAUGGUGCAGGAAAAGAACCGCAGUUUGCACGAGAGGUACGGAGAGGGGAGUGUGGCGGAUUUUCCUCUUCCGCUCGAAACCGUCGACACCGAGAAGGAGCGGCGGAUCUUGGAGAAAGAUGAAGAGCUGAGGAGGAUGCAUGAAGUGCUGGAGAGGAUUCAAGAGCAGAUGCACCACAGCCAGAGAGGCAGCUGCUGAAUCCCCCACGAUCCCCUACCGCCGAGAGGACAGACGAGGGAGGCAGAGGAGGCCCCGAUGAAGAGAAACCAGUAGAAACCAGCCAUGUGGAAACGGGCCCGUUUGGGCCAUUUUGGAGGGAGAACCUUCCAAACCAGAGGAGCUCAGUGGAUGUUUGUUAGCAGUGUUUGUUCACCUUAAUGUCCAGUGACAUUUGGGCCGGGGCUGAAGAAUGUUUAAAUUUUAGUAGUUUAAAUGACAAAAUGUAGCAGGUAGCACUUGUUUAGGAUUUAGUCCAUUCAGACUGAACUCCUCUGGCCUCUUUAACUGGAACUGUGUAAAUAUUCCUCUGUGCUACUUUACCAGUAAUAAUCCUCAUAAUGGACUAGUCUUCCAGCGGUUAACGUAGUGAUGUAGGCUUUUAUAUGCUGGUGGAUUACAUUUUUAAUGCUUUGUUACUUGAGUCAACUUGUCAUUUUCUAUCUUGUAUCUUUGUUGUCGCUGUUCGUUUUGUAAGGACAAGAAAGUAAAAAAAAUAAAAUA